AUUUCGGCUCUCUGAUUCCCCGUAGCGCUCAGUCGGAGCGCUGCAAGUUAGUGUGCCGUUUUCUAAGCUUUGUUUUCGGCUCCAUGUUGAAGUUUUUUUGCGUCCAGAGCACAGACUCUCGUCGCCGCAUACACUGUUAGCCCAUAGACACAGAUACGGAGCACAGGCAGACACACACGCAUAGCCCUCGCCUGAUUUGCACUAGAGCGGGUCAUUUCAGGUUAAACCCUGGCGCUGUGUCCCGUUCAGUUUAGCCGACGGACAUCAACACUGGUUCCAGCUGAGGAGGAAUGCACAGACACUGGGACUCCAGAUAAUUUUUGGAUACGAGCUUCGUCUUGCAUAUGCGGUGUUUCUCUCGGGGAGCUCAGCAGCUCCUCAGCGCUGCCCGGAGUCAGACUUCACCACUUCCUCUGGUAGGUACCCAGAUGUCUGAGGAGGCUCUGAGGAUGACGUCUUGGCCUUGAACCCCCACCAGUAUGUCAGAGCCAGCAGAAAAAUGCUCCCCCCGCUGGAAAGAUGAGGCCAUUCAAAAUGGGUACAUACCAAGUUACCUGGACAAGGAUGAGCUAUGUGUAGUAUGCAGGGACAAAGCCACAGGCUAUCACUAUCGCUGCAUUACCUGUGAAGGUUGCAAGGGCUUCUUCAGGCGAACCAUCCAGAAGAACCUUAACCCAACCUAUGCGUGCAAGUACGAGGGGAAAUGUGUCAUUGACAAAGUGACCAGAAAUCAGUGCCAGGAAUGUCGCUUCAAGAAGUGCAUCGCGGUGGGAAUGGCAACCGACUUGGUGCUGGACGACAGCAAGAGGCUGGCGAAGCGGAAGCUAAUCGAGGAGAACCGGGAGCGCCGUCGCAGGGAGGAACUGCAGAAGACGGUGUGGGACCGACUGGAGCCCACCCAGGAGGAGUGGGACCUCAUCCGUAUGGUGACUGAGGCCCAUAUGGCCACGAAUGCCCAGGGCAACCACUGGAAGCAGAAGCGAAAAUUCCUGGUCGAGGAAGCUAUGCUUCUUAAUGAAAUAACAUGUAAUUUAUUCUAUACUUCUGACCAGAGUGCAGCGGGGGUGAAGGAAACUAAGCCUGAGGAUAUUGGUCAAGCGUCGAUGGCAAAUGCACCUGAAGGAAGCAAAGUGGAUAUAGAAGCCUUCAGUCAGUUUACAAAAAUUAUCACCCCUGCCAUAACCCGAGUGGUGGACUUUGCCAAAAAACUGCCUAUGUUUUGUGAGCUGCCUUGUGAAGACCAGAUCAUUCUGUUGAAAGGCUGUUGCAUGGAGAUCAUGUCACUGCGAGCUGCUGUUCGCUACGAUCCGGAGAGCGAGACUCUCACGCUGAACGGGGAGAUGGCGGUCACGCGCGGCCAGCUUAAGAACGGAGGCCUGGGCGUAGUCUCGGAUGCCAUCUUCGACCUUGGCGUGUCUCUGUCCUCCUUUAACUUGGAUGACUCUGAGGUGGCUCUUCUACAAGCUGUCAUCCUUCUGUCAUCCGACCGGCCAGGCCUGAGUAGUGUGGAGCGCAUCGAACGCUGCCAAGAGGAGUUCCUGCUGGCCUUUGAACAUUACAUCAACUACCGCAAACACAAAGUGGCGCAUUUCUGGCCCAAGCUGCUAAUGAAGGUGACGGACCUGCGGAUGAUCGGCGCCUGCCACGCCAGCCGAUUCCUUCACAUGAAAGUGGAGUGUCCCACCGAGCUAUUCCCUCCUCUCUUCCUGGAGGUCUUCGAGGACUGACCAAUGGAUUUUAGAGUAUGUGUUGUGCACGUGCAUGUAUGUGCGUGUGUGUGUGUGUGUGUGUGUGUGUGUGUGUGUGUGUGUGCGUGUGCGUGUGCGUGUGUGUGUGUGUGUGUGUGUGUGUGUGUGUGUGUGUGUGUGUGUGUGUGUGUGUGUGCGUGUGCAUCCGUCAGCGCCUGGGCACCCUGGUGGUCUCAGGGGUGGAACCAGCAGAAGGCCCGUCACAACAAACUUUCUAUUAGCACUACUGAGUGUCACUUCAUUCCAUAGGUUAGGAGUAGCUCUCUGGUCUAGUUUUGGAUGGAACCAUUCCUUACAGUGCGGGUACUUAUUUUUCUGUUCGUUUGUUUUGUUGUUGUUAUUGUUGUGGAUAUAACCUCUCACCUCGGAUAUGUGUUGAUGAUUGUACAGUUGGCAUAAUGGUGAUUUUUAUCAACACUUGUUUAUUCAUUAGAAACCCAUGCAAAUGUUGUAUUUUCCUUUCUUAAUGUUGAAAAAUUCAAAAUGGCUGCUCACCUGACACACAAAAUAAGACAUCAUUAGCCAUUGGUUAGCCUUUCCCCCGCCUGCUCGACUUUAUUGGACCCAUUUGUUGGUUAACAUACGAACCGUCUCAUAGUCCGUCAUCCAUCUGGUGAGUGUCUGAACUGCUCAGUGCCUCGCCUUCAUACUGUGACCUGACCCAUUAACAGCAACACCCACUCUAAUGGAUCACAGCUCACAGGCCUUUGUAGGUUUCUGCGUAGCCGCUCAUCACGGCGUUAACGUCGCCAUGCUGCGUUCCAGAGAUGUCGGAAAAAUCUGAAUUUUUGCAACAGGACAGAGCUUCAAGUAAGAAACUUUUAACAACAAGACAGUGUUAUUUGAUGAUAGCAGCAUACACUGCUAAACAUUGCUAAAUAUCAUGGAUGACAUUAGAUUCUGCAUUAGGACAGCAUACCAGGUUAUCGCAGAUUAAAAAAAACCCAAAACAUUUCAUUAAUAAAAUGAAAGGGGAUUUAUUUUGAAAAACAGAUUCAACAGAGAUUUUAUUCUGAAAAUACAUGAGCUGUAAGUUGUUUUAGACAAAAGAGUCCACAAAAUAAAUAUAAAGAAUGUUUAUAUGACACCAAAGUCAGUCAAAAUACAUCGAUUUGCCUUUAACAUACAGUACUGUAUGUUCUCAUAUGUACAGAAAGUCAAAACAGACUCCACUCAGAAAUCUAGUAAUUUAAUCACAACUUAUUUCUAUAGCAUAUCUUCAAGUUCAGAAAUGAUCAGGUCCACAUAACAACUCUGAACUGAAAAUACACGCCCUGAAAUGUCUCACCCCGUAUGCUGAAAAAAGUAAGAGCAUAGCACAGCAGGAAAUUUUGUGAACACACAUGAUUAAGCGCUUAACUAGAAAAUAAGCAGUAGAUGAAUCGAUAAUGAAAGUAGUAGUCUCUGUAUAUAAACAGCUGCAUCAUAUAUAAGUGGUGGAAGUAUUGCAGGGCACAAUUUUUUUCUUAUUCCAUGGCCGGGAUUCAGGCUAAUUCUCUAUCGUAGCUCUGUCAGGUGUUCGUGUUUACUGCCUUUAUUUUUGCAGAGUGAAACGUGGAAGCACAGAAAUGUUCUAAUUCCAGCCUACCUUCUGCUGGCUCAGAUCUCCGACAUUGAACGGGAUGCAGCAGUUAGCAUUAAAACGAGCCUGUUCAUCAUCAUCGCCAGAAACUGGUCAGGACUAACUAAAGCACACAAUGACACUGAUGUCAGGAAAAGACAAUCAUAUAGUACUCGUUUUUGUGUAACAAUGCCACAUGCUGUGCCAAAACCAAGUGAAUGAUGCCCUCCUUACUGAAUCCCUGCUGGGCUUUCAUAGCAACACUUGACUGGUCGUGCUAGUUCGCUCAUGCUGCUCACAGAGUCAUUCCUCCGACUCGUGUUGUAGUCCACUUUAGCAGCUUUGACUAUAGAACCAGUAUGAGUUUUAAGUGUUUCAUCUCGGCCGUGUUGCCUCACUAAUCACACAGACAAAUGAUUUCAACCGUUUUUGUUUUGUUUUGUUUUGUUACAAACUCCCUGCAAACGGGAGACUGUAUGUUAAACCAGUGACGUCAUGGUGCUAUGGUGGGUUGGGGAAACGACUGAUUGAACUCUCUUAUCUACAUGCAGAAAUGAACAUUAUCUGUUUGUAUAACGGCCAACCACCCUCCUUUGAUGGCAUGCAUAUACACUAACACACAAACAUGCACAUAUACAGUACAUACAAUAUACCUUUACACAUACUGUACACAUGCACAUUUAUGCAUGUGCCUCAACAACAUAUAGGUCAGACCCCACCACUGUGACCAACCAGUGGGAUUUGGAGGCCAAGUGAACAUUGGCUGGCCCAAAAACAGUAUGAUUCAUCAUCAGCAAGGUACAUUGAGAGAGCUGGUGAGAUUGUGAAAACGUAGUGUUCUAUCCUUUCUUUUAUUUUAGCCGAUAUGUUCUUUUUUGUUGUUGUUGUUGUUGUUCUAAAAGCUUCUCAUUGGUAUUGUUGUUUGCAAUGUGAGAAACAUUUGCUUUGUAUAUCUCGCUUUUUCAAGCUUCACACUACUCCUCAAAGCGGCUUGUGUUUUUUUUUUUUUUCUUUUUUUUUUUUUUUCUCUUUUCUGUGAAGUGAUGCCUUUUAUCAAAGCAAUAGACUUGCUGCAGUGUUUGAAUGACCCGGACCUCACACACACACCUCGCAAACUGUACAGGACUCAAUAUAAAUGCACAGACAAUCAGAGGGAGAGAGAUGAAUGGGGGAACAGGCACCCAGGCUCACACAGUCCGGUUGGCAUGUAGAGCCGGGCCAUGCUGAGCCAGAGCCAUUUGGAAAAGUAACAUUGGCUACGUUUCCAUGCACCCCUGAUGUCCACAAACCUGUUGAAAUCAUCUUCAUGUUGUUUGCAGGAGCCUAUGAUACCCUGUGACUGAGCCUGCCCUGUGACCUAAAAUGAUGUGUGAAUGUUGAAGGCCACAGGCAGUGACAAGACAUACAUCAGUGACACAGUGUUAAAUAAAUUUGGUCAGUUAUAACAACCCGGAGAUAGUUGCAUAAACAUACCAGAUGUUAGACUGAUCUCUGGCUUUAGGUCAGUCUUAAUUUUGUUCUUAGACUGGUAUAAUGGCCUUUAUCCACCAAAUAGUCCCAGGAGCUAAACUCAGGAACUAAAUAAGGACCUAAAAGUCCCUUUGGCGCAUUUGUGUUAUAUUUCAAUUGCAUCUGAAGAACCGUAAAGAUUAGACUAGGGAAUUACAUUAGCAAAUUAGACCUAAAAAGGAUUCAAAGUGACAGCUUUGUUUGAGACUUGAUUUUUUUUUUUAUGCAAUGAGAUGACAUAACUGUCAUCUGGUUGUUUUUGUAAUUUACUAUUGCAUGAUUGUUUAAAGUUCUACUUUAGUAUGUGACGACAUUGAAUCAAAAUUCUACAGUUAAUCUGCUCUCUCUUACCUCUUUUUUAAACUUUUUAGACUUUUAGACUAGUCUCAGGAAUUCGGCUGCAUAAUUUUCUUUAAACAUCCACAGUAUAUAUUUUUUUUUUUUUUCAAAAUCCCAUGUUAAGCUCCUAUAUGCUAGCAACAACUAGAGCUUGCUUGCUUCCUGUCUGAAUGAAAGUUGUACAUGUGCUGUAGCAGUUUGUAUGCUUGUGUUUGACCAGUCACUGACAUACAGUACUGUUAACACCACAUACUACCUCAAGGGCAGGGACUUUUUGGAUGGCGCAAACCGUGGCUUGGGAACCAAAACCGGAACUAAGUUCCUGCAGUCAAAAUGCAAGUUAAGUUCCUGAGUUUCCAUAAAUGUUUCUGGAUUCCUGCACAGGUAAAGGGCCACAAGGAGAGUUAAGACACUCGCACAAAAUAAAAAGUGAGUCAUUUUAAAGCUGCAUUAAUUUUUUUUUUCCUUUGCCAAUAGGGGGCAGAACUCCACAACAAGCAGAUGUACACAAAAGCCAUGACAGUUUCUCUGUAAACGUUAUGGCUCACGUGUCAGUGAACAGUUACAUAUUUGCACAUUCAGCAGAGAGAGGGCAGCGUUAACGUUCAUUUGAAGUCGUUUGUGUCCACCUGAUGGAUGUAAGCCCAGUAUUCACUCUUGUUGUUCUAGUUUGGUGGCCACCAACUCCUGAUACAAAUAUCUGACCUUUUAGCUUUAGAUGUUCAGCUUUCUUCACCAGUUUGUUGCUAACUUGAAAGACAGCAUGCAGUGGAUUUAUCAGAAACCUGGAAACACCAUAAACACUGAUUAGUAGACUCUAAAGCCUAAAGUCAGCCACUGUAUUGUUCCAGAGCUUUUCAUGGGAACAGCCACAGCGAUAUCACUGUUGAAUCCAUUAACUGUGUCAUCCUCCACUGUUUAACCCCCCAACCCACCAUCAGAUAUAUUUAGUGCGAUUUCUUUGAUAUCUUUCCAGUGCUGUCUUUUCUUUAGCUUUUCCUGAAUCAAAGUUUGUGGAAUAUUUUCACCCAUUUCCUUCAGUGUACAGGAACUAACACUGCAGGGCCAGUAUGAACAAGAGGAUCACUGUGACCAAGUACUCUCCCCGCCUGCCUAGGGCCGGUGACUUUAACAUUGAGAUAGGCUUCAACAAAAUCUGAAGUUAUGUUUAAAAAUCAUUAAGAUUAGACUUUUUUGUGGAACUGAAUAACUGACAUGGGUCUAAAGUCUGUGCAGCCACCCCCAGGUUUCUCAUAGUCAGAGUAUAAAGUAAUUUCCCUUACUGCACACUUAAGAACUCACCAUCUGCAAAGGAAAGCCCAAAAUAAAAGUUUUAAAGAUAAAGUUACAAAAAGCCGACUUCCAAUCAAAAAGGAGUAAGCCAGGCACUCAGCAAUGUUCUUUAGUCAUGACAUUUAAGCUUAUUACUCAUUAGAAAUGUAAUUUAUUUUCUCAUUAUUUAAUAUGCAAAAGGAACAAGCUGUUAUCUCAACCAGAGUGGGUUUUUUGUGGCAAAGUAAACCUCACCCUCAAAUUACUUAGAAUAAACUUGUUGUAUUAAUUAGUUUUAGGUGGCCAUUUGGUGGUAGAACUCCACAGGAGGCUGAAAAUCAUUUGCUCAUUCGCUCCUUUAAAACAGCAACAGACAAGUUUUUUUUGCUUUAACUUAAAGUAAGAAGUAAACGUUGAUUGCACAAUGUAAUGGAUAUAGAAUAACGACAACAUUGACAUUCAGAUUGGUUCCCUAUAAGCCUUGUUUUCACUAUGCAAUUCUGUCUCCCACCAGGAAUAAAAUCUCCCAGGAAGACGAAGUCUCGCUUUACAGCACAAACAAAAUGCGUCUGCCAUUGCACAACCAAAACUGGAAAUGGAUAGUGCUUUUGUUUAAAAAAUCUGAAAUGGCAGACACCGGAAUAAGCAGAGUAAGUGUAGAAACUGCAGCCGGCAAUAGAAAAAGAGCUCCUGAAACUAACAUAAAACACGAGUGAACCUCGGAUGAGAAUUCACUCAAUGAGAGAGAAAACUGACACUGUUGGCAUUAUUCUUUUUAGAUCAGUAAUAAACAAAACCUGCCUACUUAUUAAUACAGCUGGGUGUUUUACUCUGCCUUUAUUGUUGCACUGAGAUCGCAGUUUGUCGUUAAAUUUUGGAUUCUUCCUUGCUUUGGUCAGUACCCAGGCAGUGGGUCAGUAACGACAACAUUGUCUGUUUCCAUUUUAACAAAUUCUGUCCUUAUAAAGUUGACAUGGCCAGGGGUUAGCAAACUAUUGCACACACCUAACAGACAUGGAGCCACGUUAGCAUUAGUUUGUGGAGAUGUCUUUCUGGUGACCCGAUGAAUAUAACCCUAACAUUCACUCUCUCAGUCGUUUUGAACUUCAACAACCUUCGAAAUGUCUGGCUCUUUAGUUGCUACUGUAAGCCCUCCAAUAGGUAGUAUACAGCUGAUUAUCUGAUCUUUUUUUUUUUUUUUACUGUCAGCAGCUGCAUGUUCAAGUUGAGUGAUAAGAGAGCCCCAAAACAGAGCACACAUGGGCCAUGAAACUGAAACAAUGAGCUGAAAGAUGUUAAAAUGCUCCACAGAGACAAUGAGAACCGAGUCAGAGGAGAAUUCUCUGUGGGUUCAUCACUGCGAGACCCCCUCUCCACAUUAUAGGUCGCCAUUUGACUCAUUGUUCAUAUAAAAAUAAUAGUAAUAGUAGUGUAGCUUUAACUCAAAUCAAAACAAAUUUGAGUAAGCAUUAUGAACCUUAACUUUCUGUAGUCUACAUGUAUGAUACAAAUGUGUGUUUUUGUACAAUGCAUACAAACUGGAGUGAAUGGCCCUAGGGAAAUGUUUGGAAUUUACACGUCACAACCAUAACCAUAAUUACUUGAAUUAUCAUAUUUACAGAGCUGUUGGUGCAUGUAAACAUAGUCAAUGCUGACUGCUGGUUCAGAAAAUGUUUACUGUUCCUGAAGAGGUGCCAGUACACUUUUAUCUCUCCCACGAAUUGUUACUCUUAAUGUUACUCAGUUAUAAACCAAUAACAAGAGUUGCACCAUAGAAAAGCUAUUUUACAGUACAAAGGAAAAAGGAUGUAUAUUUUCAGACUGCAGAUUUUUUUUUUACAGAUGUUGUUAGCAUAAUAUGAACAUACUGUUUUGCAUAGCGUUAAAAAAAAAAACACAGUAUCUUGCUCACAAAUCCAUUUCCACAUCUCUGCAAAACAAACUAUGAGCAAGACGUUAUGAAUCAUAAAAAAAAACAAACACUUAAAUUAGUGCAGCAUUAGUUCUACGAUUUAAAAAAAAAUCAAUUAUUACUGUAGCUGGACCUCACUGUCAGUACAAAGCAGCACAGCUACACG